GGUGCAGAGACUGGCUUUUCACAAAUCACAGGGGAAUAGGGCACAUGGAUAAUCCAGCCCUUGCUCUAAAUCAUCUCUCUUGGUUUGGGCCAAGUCAUAGUUCUCGUGGGACCUGCCAAAACAGAAGCUCGCCUUCUCUGGGACGGGUGGGGUAGUAAGAGAUGGGAUUUGUUUAGAGCCAUCUCUCACCACGAGGGAAGGCUACAAUGUCCCUGGAAAGAUAUUGUCUGGUUCUGGUACUAAUUUGGCUCAAAUGACCUUGAAAGGUUAAGGGAUUUCUGUAACUCCUCCACUACAUAUAUAAGGGCUGCAACAAUGCGAUUUCAGGACAGCAUCUGUGACCUUCUCAAGCCGGAGCUGAGGAAUCAAGAGCGGGCCCAGGAGUCUUGCCCUCCUUUGCACCCUAGCCGGGUAUCAGUCCACCGGCAAAUUCAUCUUUAAGGGGAUGAACAAUCAAUACGUCCGUCGAGAAGUCUUCUGCUGUGAAACUUGUCAUGAGCUCAAAAGCUUCUGGGAAAAAGAAAUUAGUAAACAGACUUUUUACCGAGAACUGGAGGAAGAUCGUCAGGAAAGAAGCGCCCUGAAAAAACUCAGAGAAGAAUGGAGACAGAGGCUGGAGAGGAGGCUGAGGAUGCUGGACAACCCUGAAGAGAAGGAAAAGCCCGCAAACACCGCGGACUGAGUGCUGCCUGCCUCACCGACUUCAAAGAUAGCAAGCGACCACGGGCACUUUUCUAGGGGAAAAAAACUAACACCCAAGUUAUGCUGACUUACUAAACAGGACGUUCUCUAUUUGUGCUUCCAUUUGCUAGGGGAUUUACAUGUGAAACCUCCCGCAGUGCUAAUGGGAGUUAUUAUCCUGCUCAAUCCCCUCCGCGCAGAGGACAGGAUGACCGCAAGUGGGAUAGGACGCUCGAGCUAUUUAAUAAAAAAGCUCUUGGAAUUAGCACUCCCCAGGUCUCACAGACCCAUGUAGCCUAGUGUAUUUCCACAUUUCCUUCUCAUUUUGAAAUGUUUCAAGUCUCGAGACGUUUGGAGUGUUUUCUCCAAGCUUACUGAGGGCAAUGACCUUGAUGAAAAUUUGACUUCCUCAGGUCUCCUGGAAAAACAGUCAUAAAAUCUUGUCCUUCUUUCCCCGCUUUUUGUGAACACAGAAAUGUAACUGCUUGCAGAAAUAAAGCUAUUAUUAUAAAAAGAA